GACAGUUUGCGCAUGCGCCGAUUCCUUUUAUUUUUUUUUAAAGUAUCUGUGACUGGAUGCAGUUGCGUUUCCAGUGUGGGAAUCCACUCUAGUGCAGCUGCCAAAGACUAGUAUAUCGGAAGCCAAUUCAUUUAUCUCAGAGCCGAGCAGUCAACAUGGUUUUAGAUUUAGAUCUUUUCAGGGAAGACAAAGGAGGAAACCCGGAGCUCGUCAGGGAGACUCAGAGAAAGAGAUUCAAGGACCCGGGGCUGGUGGAUACAUUGCUGAACUCGGACACAGCAUGGAGGAAAAGCAGGUUUCAGGCAGACAAUCUUAAUAAACAGAAAAAUCUUUGCAGCAAAAUCACCGGGGAGAAAAUGAAGAAAAAGGAACCAUUGGGGGACAGUGAUGUUCUUCCUGAAAAUAUCCAGCUUGACCAGCUGACAGCUGAAGUUCUCAGUGCUCUGUCAGUUACACAGAUAAAGAGACUGCGGGUUUUAAUAGAUGAAGCCAUAGCAGCAACCGAUGCAGAACGUAUUAAGCUGGAAGCAGAGAGAUUUGAAAGUUUACGUGAGAUUGGGAACCUGCUUCACCCAACAGUGCCUAUCAGCAACGAUGAGGACAAUGAUAACAAGGUGGAACGCACUUGGGGAGACUGUGAAAUUCAAAAGAAAUACUCGCAUGUGGACCUUGUGGUUAUGGUGGAUGGCUUUGAGGGUGAAAAAGGAGCUGUAGUAGCUGGGAGCAGAGGAUAUUUCUUAAAGGGUCCGUUGGUGUUUCUAGAGCAGGCCCUCAUACAGUUUGCUUUGCAUACUCUGUCAGAAAAGGGAUACACUCCCAUAUAUACCCCAUUCUUCAUGAGAAAAGAGGUCAUGCAGGAGGUGGCCCAGCUCAGUCAGUUUGAUGAAGAACUGUACAAGGUGAUCGGUAAAGGCAGUGAAAAAUCUGAUGAUAACUCUGUAGAUGAGAAAUACCUUAUAGCUACUUCAGAACAGCCAAUAGCUGCAUUACAUCGGGAUGAGUGGCUGAAGCCUGAAGAUUUACCUGUACGAUAUGCUGGCAUAUCAACCUGUUUCCGUCAGGAAGUAGGGUCCCAUGGAAGGGACACACGAGGCAUAUUUAGAGUACACCAGUUUGAGAAGAUUGAGCAGUUUAUUUAUGCCUCGCCACAUGAUAACAAGUCCUGGGAAAUGUUUGAAGAAAUGAUUAUGACAGCCGAAUCAUUUUACCAGAUGCUGGGCAUCCCAUAUCGUAUUGUGAAUAUUGUUUCAGGCUCCUUGAAUCAUGCUGCCAGUAAGAAGCUAGAUUUAGAAGCCUGGUUUCCAGGCUCAGGUGCGUUCAGAGAGCUGGUCUCUUGUUCAAACUGCACUGACUACCAAGCCAGGCGGCUACGGAUCCGCUAUGGACAGACAAAGAAGAUGAUGGACAAGGUAGACUUUGUGCACAUGUUAAAUGCCACUAUGUGUGCCACAACCCGUGCAAUUUGUGCAAUUCUAGAGAACUAUCAGACUGAGGAAGGUAUAAUUGUUCCAGAGAAACUCAGGAGCUUUAUGCCUCCAGGUCUAAAGGAUAUAAUAAAGUUUGUAAAACCUGCUCCAAUUGACCAAGAACUUACCAAAAAGCAGAAGAAGCAGCAGCAGGAAAAAGGAAAGAAAACAGAAAAUUGUGGUUUAGAUACUCAAAUGGAGAGCAUGAAAGUUCAUUCAGCUUAAGAUAUUUGUCCAUAACCUUGUAUACCCUUUCUGUCUUGUAUGCUGCCUCUUACAUUUAACUACAUCCCAUCCAGCAGACCAUUAAAUUAUUGAAAAUCUGAUAUUUCUCUCACUUACCUGUUACUCUUAUAAACGGUUGCUGCUACAUAUUAAGAGAGACUUCUGAUUUUAGACGUUGGGUAUUAAGAAUAAGGUUUGAAAAGACUAUUGGAAACCUUGAAAUAAAGUUUAGUGAUUGAAGCAUUUGUAUGAAGCCGAUAUCCCAUAUGUAAUUUAAUUAAAAAGGAAAAUCAUGUAAUUUAGUUAAACUGUAAUUUUUAGGAGAAACUAAUCAAACACUGAAAUAUACAUCAAUAGAUGUGUAGAAUAAAUGCAAACUAGACUUUUCUGAGCAAAAUGUUGUAGCAUAACUUAAAAAAAUGAAAAACCACAAAACCUCUCUUGCUUGUAUUAACAUAUGACAUAGUAGAACAAACCAGACAAUCUCCUUGAUAAGGAGGAUUACCUUGGCAUUGUUAACUCUGAACAUGCAUUCCAUAAAAUCUUUAAAUGUUUCACCACAAAUAAUAUUGUGUAAUACAAGUAAUGUUGCAGUAUAUUUUCUCAAGACUUUGCCUCACAGUAAACUCUGUUAUUUUGGUUACUGUUUCCACAAUACAAACUGGAAGAGGCUACAUGACAAAAUGGCAUAAUUGUUGCUAAACUGAGGCCAGGUCAAUAUAGUUGCACUGUGUUGUCUUAGCUGAUAUGUUGCAUUUAUGUUAGGCCAAUAUAUUAUAUACUCCAGGUCCUCUCCUGUAAAUGCCUACUACAGCAACACGUGCAGGUGACAACCAGGGUUUAACAAGCAAUUCCUACAAUUUCCAAUAAUGAUUGAGUUAGUGUCAUCCACAAGCUCCUACCAAUACAAAUUAAAUAUCCAAUCUAUGUUGAAUUCACGUGCAUGGUCAGACCAAUGCAUCCACAGAAAAAAAUUUAAAGUAUCUGAUCUAAUUUAUUUUAGUUUUAUUAUUGUUUUGAAGAAUCUGCAUUCAAUGUCAUCUGUCCUUCUCCCUGCAUCUGAAAGGUUAAUUAAAGCUUUAUAUUGGCCUAUAACUGAUGAUGUGCUAUUCUCUUGGUUGGGUUUACCCUCAUCACAAUGUAAUAUACCUGUAUAGUAUAUGCUUGCUGAAUAUUAAAGGGUGCCAAUAUUCAAUCUUCGCAGAAUAUAAUCAAUAAAAAACUUGAACCCGA